AUGACAGAUCUCGCCCCCCAUCUCCAGCGCCUAGGCCUUGAGCAGUACCUCGAUGCCUUUAUAGGCGAGGGAUUCGACACUUGGGAGACUGUGACGGACAUUCAAGAAAGUGACUUUGACGCUCUUAAUGUCAAACUGGGUCAUCGGAGGAAACUUCAGCGGGCAAUUGCUGAAUAUCGAGGAAUCUCGUACGAACGGUUCGUUGGGUCUCCGGCUCAAGAAGGCCUUCCAGAUGGCGGCCGGGCUCCUGAGAGCAAUGCAACUCCUCCGACCGGGCCGGAACGAAGCUCGGGACCGGCGCCCGAGACCAAGAGAAAGUACAGGCGGCAUCCCAAGCCCGACGAGAAUGCACCCGAACGACCUCCUUCGGCCUACGUAAUAUUCUCCAACAAGGUGCGUGAAGAGGUGAAAGAUCAGAACUUGUCCUUCACACAAAUAGCCAAACUGGUUGGUGACCGAUGGCAAAAGCUAGAUCCCUCAGGCAAAGAGCCAUUUGAGGCCCAGGCAAGUGCGGCUAAAGAGAGAUAUAACAUUCAAUUAUCGACGUAUCGCAAGACCGAUGCCUACAAGGAAUAUAUGCAGUAUCUUUCAGACUUCAAGGCCAAACAUGGGCAGACUUCGGAACCAAAGAGACCCAAACUUGAUCCCGAAUCCAGUGGCAGCAUCGUGUCUGCAAAGUCAUUGGAAACAAACCAUGAAGCCGUGUCACAGCUGUCGGGUCAUGUUCGAGGAGGCUCCAUGGGCUCGGUUGUGUCUUCCCCAUUUGCUGGUGUCCCCCCGCAGCCAAAUACGUCAACGUCCACCGUGCAACCGCGGCCAGCACUUUCGUCAUCUCGUAGUGGAUCUCCUCCUUCUGUCCAUCAUGGCCGAGACUACUUUCGACCAGGCUUGGUCUCGAGUCAUAGCUCGGUCUCGGAUGAGUCUUCUACAGUACGGAGUGAGUUGCCAGAAUCUUUGAUGCGUACAUCGGCGUUAUCACUGGGUGCAACGUCCUCGGGAACACCACCACUCCCAGCACUAGCGCCAAGUGCUGCGUCCACGGAAUCACAGGGAUCCCCCGACCUGAUUGCGCGAUCCCGGCUCGCGUAUUUCGUACAGCAGCAACAGCUCCCCAGUGCCGCUGGAAGUGCACAAUCUCUUCCAGGCGCGGCUUUUCCACCGACUUUGCCGUCGCCGACCAUGCAGGAGCCGUCAUGGAGAAAUCGUCCGCCAGAUGUUCGAGGCUACCAGGAAACACCACGGGCUCCUUACAGCUCUCUACCAUUUUCAUCUCCCAGCACACAACAAUCAAGCCCGUCUCAGCUACGACCAUUGUUGUCGCCCGAUCGACUGGCCGACUUUGGUCAAGGGCCCAGUUCGAGAACUCUGCCACCUCCACGAACUCCAUCCACGGGCACCCCUACCCUUCCGCAUCUUGGCCGUAGUAUGGAACAGCCACGGCCGUUGAUAACCGAGGCAUUGCAGAUUCGUCGAUCGGGGCGAGAUGAGGCCCAGUCCGCACUAGACCGGUCAGAAAGCGAUGCGGCAAAUACACUCGCCGGGCUCGCCGCCGGCGUCUCCCGCCCUGAGACAGCAAAGGCGCUCAACUACGCACCCCCGCGAUCAUCCCUGUAG